GCUUACCUCUAAAGUCUAUGGACUGUUGUUGCUGCGAUCAAAACGACGGCGACGAGUUCCUCACUGAGUCUCUCAUCGGCGACGCCGCCAUCGCCGAUCAAAUAACCACCACGAUCUCGCCGUUAAACUCUCACUUCAUGGCACUUUCCUGCCGUGACACUCUCCGCCUUAUCUUUCAGAGGCUUACCGUCGCCGAUCUGGCGCGUGCGAGCUGCGUCUGCAGAGUUUGGAACUCCGUCGCUACAGAGGAAGAUCUAGUGGUUAAAGCUUUCACGGCGCCAUGGCGGAUCAUGGAACUUGUCGGGAGACCGGUUUCUGGUGCGUUCUGGAGAGAUAAUGGAAUCUGGAAAUUCGCUAUCUCUCAUCGGAUUUCUCGUGGUGAUAGUGUGACUAGCCUCGCCGUUAAGUACUCCGUCCAGGUUAUGGACAUAAAGCGGCUAAACAACAUGAUGAGCGACCAUGGGAUUUACUCAAGAGACAGACUGCUUAUCCCGAUAAGCAAUCCCGAAAUUCUCGCAAACACCACUUGCUACAUAGAGGUAGACAAAUAUGCCAAACGAGAAGUAGCCGUGCUUUACCUUGAAGGUGGACCGAAGAGAGAACAACCUGUUGUAUCUGGUACGCAGUCCACUUUAACAGCCCAUGGAAAACGAAGGCUAAUUGAUUCUCUAAGGAGAAGCAUGCAAGUUGAUGAUGGAACCGCUCUAUACUACUUGGCCAUCGCUGAAGGAGAUCCAAGAUCCGCAUUGUCCGAGUUCUCGGCUGAUCUCACGUGGGAGAGGCAGGCUGGUCUCAACUAGGCAUGGCAAUGUUAGCUCCUGGAUGGUUGAUCCAAAGUCAUAAUUUCAGGUUUCAGGGUUAUGGUGUGAUUUCAGGCUCAGUACUUUGAUGGCCAGAGUCGAUCCGAGAUUCGUACAUAUCCAGUUCCAUUCUUGCAAAGUCUUCUUUUUGUUCAUUUGGUGGUUUGGUGGCUGCGAGCAUUUCCAAACCUCGAGUCCAGAUAAGAAACAUACAUUAAGCCCUGUUAGUAUAGGUAUAAGAUAAAUACUAAGUGAUCUUAAAACUUAUGCGAAAGCCUAAAAGACUGGAAAGUCCAACUGAAGCCCACGAUGCAUAGUAUAUGUUCUUUGAUAGUGAUAUUGUUUAUCAUGCACUGAUGUGUUAGUGUGAAAGCGCGUCUUUUAAAAAUUUCUGAAUCACGAUUAUCUAUCGUAAACGUUUUAAAUUCAGUAUUUCUUUUCUGAAAAUUAUUUGUAAAUAUUUUUGUAAUUGGUCCGAAAUCUACGAUUGUGUACAUUAUAAGCACUUUUAUU